CAAUUUUAAGAUUUUUCUGUCCUAUGCAACUUUCUUCUUCUCAACUUUCGUACUUGUAUUCAUCUUUAUUUCAGGUUCCAACUAUAAGACCAGAUGCUAGAAAAUCUACACAAUUUCGCCCAUUAUUUGCACAAAUAAAUGUUCUUCCAUUGACUUAUGGAUCUUCUUGUAUAAAAUGGGAUGAUACUCAUGUUGUUGUGGGUAUCAAAGCAGAAAUAAUUGAUGCAUUGGAUUUGCAAACUUUACAUGAGUGCAAAAAAGGUGGAAAAAUAUCUAUAAAUGUAGAAAUAUUUCCUGAUGCAUCUCAAGAAAAUUGUGAAGAUGAUUCCAUGUCAGCAUUUCUUACUCAAUCUCUACAACAGUUUUUAUCUGGCAUUAGACCUGAAUGUCUUUUAGUAACAUCAACUAAAGCCUGGAAUAUAUUCAUAGAUGCUGUUGUUAUUUCAUCAAAUAGUCAUUCUCUUCCUGCCCUUUCAUUGGCGAUGUAUCUUGCACUUCAAACAGCUAGAUUACCUCAUAUUAUUGCACAUAUUGCACCAGAGAAUAUGAAGUUUAGAGAAGAUAUUCAAAAUAUUGGGUCUGGAGAGUUUGAAGUUGAUUAUGAUUUGAAAAAUAGUGUACCUAUACCUGAUAUUGAAAAAGUUGGUGUAGUUAUUUUUGUUGGAAAUGUUGGCGAAAAUAUUUUGUAUGAUUUAAGCGCUGAUGAAAUGGCUGUUGUAGAAGGAUUACUUGCUGUAGGAGUUCUUCAAAACGGUCAAAUUGCAUAUACUAGAAGAAUUUGUAUAUCUGGUACUUAUAAAAGAUCCUGUUUAAAACAUUCAAUUAUAAAAAAUAUGUUAAAAGGUGCUGCAAUUAUGGGAAAGGAAUUAAUUAGAAAGAGCAAAGAAGAUAUUAUUAAUCAAGCAAAUAAUAAUCAGAUAGGUUUUUUGUAUUCUUUUUAACUAAAUAACAUCUAGCAUUACAAGAAAAAAUUAACGGAUUAAAUGUUCAUAAAAAUG